CUUUUAGUAACAAAAUAUCAUUACGCGGGUAUACAUUGUGCUUAAAAAAAAGAAAAGAUCUAAAAAAGAAAUAUAUCCAUCUAAUUAGUACUGAUGUGGGUUUCGUAAUUAUUUUUUCCAUACGUAUUCAAAAAUUGACGAAAUGACUGAAAUAAUAAGAAAAAUAUGUCACGGAUAUAUAUAUUUGUUUGAAGAAUUACCAGAUCCCAGAACAAAAUCGUUGUUUCUGGUAGCGAAGCCGUAUCAAGGGAUAGUAUUGCUCUCUCUCUACCUCAUGUUCGUAUUUAAAUGGGGACCGAAUUGGAUGAAGAACAGGCCACCUUACAAUUUGCAAAAAAUCCUCAUGAUUUACAAUGCUGUACAAGUAUUAGCUUGUGCGUUAAUUUUCAUUGUUGGAAUUAGAGUAUUGCGGGACCAGAAUUACAGAUGGGUGUGCCAGCCUGUCGACUUUUCCGACAACGAGGACGCGGUGAUGAUAACUCGUCUUUUCUAUUUCUAUUAUUUACUUAAAAUCUUAGACCUCACUGACACUAUAUUUUUUGUUUUAAGAAAGAAAGUCAAUCAAGUGACGUUCCUCCACGUGUACCACCACGCGGGAAUGGUCGCAUUGAUUUGGGGCACGACAACAUAUUACCCUGGAGGACAUCCAGCUUUGAUUGGUAUUAUAAACUGUUUUGUACAUGCCAUUAUGUACACUUACUACUUCUUGACUGUUGCGGUCCCCAGUGUGAAGCAAGUUUCCAGCUGUAAAAAAUAUAUAACUCAACUGCAAAUUCUCCAGUUUCUUAUGACUAUCAUCCAUAUGAGCACGAUCGUCUUCAGGCCGGACUGCGAGUUUCCGAGAUGGACGGCAGCAAUAUUUUUGCCACAAAACAUCUUUAUACUUAUACUUUUCAUGGACUUUUAUAUAAAAAGUUACAUAAAAAAACAAACAGCUUUAGUAAAGCCGCGAGUUUUAAACGAAAUUUGUGAUAAAGCAAGAGAAACUGUAGAAACUGUAGAAGACAAAGAUAAACUAAAUAAUGGUACAAUAUUCGAAACGUCUAUAAUAAAUCGCAAACAAGCGUGGCGUUCGAAAGGUAUUGCAAGGACAUAAAACUUAUCAUAAAGAAAGUUAUUUUUUUUUGGUUAAUAUUUAUUUUAUUUUUCGAACUUUAAUGACUCUUUUACCUGCUUAAAUAAUACAUGAUGUUUUUGUUUU